AUCAUCCCGCCAUUAAAUGCACAUAUAACUGAAGUUGGCAGUUCUUUUUUUAUAUAAACGUGAACUCUAAUAAAAUAUUUGGAAAUGAAGAAAAUUCCUGAUUAGAACAAAGACAGUUUGGAUAGCAGACAAAAGAGAUAAAAUUUAAAAAAGUAGUUGGCCAAGUGUCAUUUGGUUGUUGAAGGAGAAAAAAAGACUGAAAUGGCAGAACUCAAAGGAUAUAGACCUACUUCUGCUGGGGGUGAAUCAAAUGGACGAGUGUCUCCAUCGGACAUUAAAGCAAUGGAGAUGAAAGAUAGGAAUGGUUUUGAGAAUGGGACCACUUCUAAAAUCAAUGAUAAAGAUUCAGACAGUAAAAAUGGUAAAGAUAAAAAAGAGGAUGCCCCAAUGGUUGGCAUAUUUGAAGUGUUCAAGUAUGCUGAAAAGAAAGACGUGCUGUUCAUGAUACUAGGAACAUUAAGUGCUAUGGUACAUGGGUCAGCAUUCCCAAUCAUGAUCAUAGUAUUCGGUGAGAUGAUUGACCUCUUUGUGAAAUCUGGGGAAUUUGGCGAGGUCGCGAAAUUAUUGGAGUCAAUGGGUAUCCUGGCAAAUUUGAGCUCCACCUACAAUGUCACCCUUACAUACAAAGGCAUUAUCGAAGAUCCAACAUUACUAAGUAAUUAUGAAACUGAUAUAAAGAAUCUGUCAAAUGGACUGGUAGAUUUUGCAGCGGUACGAGAGGCUGUACAAAAUGACCUUCUGGAGGUCAUGCAAGAGUUUGCCAUAUAUUUUAUUGUUAUUGGUGGUGUCGUUUUUCUGGUCGGAUAUGGUCAGGUGAUGUUUUGGAUGAUUGCGUCAGAGAGGCAGACGCACAGGAUUCGUAAAAGUUUCUAUAACAACGUGAUGAGACAAAACAUUGGAUGGUUUGACACGCACGAAUCUGGGGAACUAAAUUCAAGAAUUACUAAUGACAUAUCAAAAAUACAUGAUGGUAUAGGUGAUAAAUUAGGCGGCUUUACACAGUGGUUUACAGGUGGAAUAGCGGGUUUUGUUGUAGGUUUUGCAUAUGGAUGGAAACUGACGCUUGUAAUCUUAGCGAUAAGUCCCCUACUAGCAGGAGCAGCUUUUAUAAUGACAAAGUUGAUAGGGCUGGCGUCAUCAUUGGAGUUGAAAGCAUACGCUCGUGCUGGGGCCGUAGCUGAGGAAGUGUUGGGAGCUAUACGAACUGUCGUAGCAUUUGGUGGACAAGAAAAGGAGUGUAAAAGGUAUGACAGUAAUUUGAUAGAAGCCCGAGAUUUGGGUGUGCGGAAGGGGUUGGUGAAUGGUGUAGCCAUGGGCAUGACUUGGUUGAUUAUAUUUGGAGCUUACGCCCUCGGGUUCUGGUAUGGAGCAAAAUUAGCUCGCGAGGAACCAGAUGUUUAUUCUAUCGGAGAUGUAAUGAUUGUAUUUUUUGGUGUGCUGAUCGGAGCUUUCUCCCUGGGCAAUGCUGCACCUAACGUACAGAGUUUCGCUAUCGCAAGAGGAGCUGCUUAUAUUGUAUAUCAACUAAUAGAGCAGGAGCCACCAAUAGACAGUGCAUCAACAAAGGGAGAAAAGCCGCAGAAACUUGAGGGAAAUAUAAUUAUGAGAAAUCUUUACUUCAAUUAUCCAUCCCGACCAGAUGUUAAGGUAUUACAAGGUGUUGACCUUGAGAUUAGAAGAGGUCAAACUGUGGCCUUGGUGGGGUCAAGUGGGUGUGGCAAAUCCACCAUUGUUCAACUUGUGCAGAGAUUCUAUGAUCCAGAACAAGGCUCUAUUCAUAUUGAUGGUAGAGACCUUAAAGAUAUGAACCUGAAGUGGUGGCGAGAACAGAUCGGUAUAGUGAGCCAGGAACCUGUGCUGUUCGGUACAACAAUUAAAGAAAACAUCCGUUACGGGCGUGAGAAUGUAACAGAUGAUGAGAUAGUAAAAGCAACACAGAUGGCCAACGCUUACGAUUUUAUCAUGAAAUUACCAUUAAAAUUUGAAACAAUGGUGGGAGAAAGAGGUGCUCAGCUUAGUGGGGGACAGAAACAGAGAAUUGCUAUUGCACGUGCCCUCGUGCGUGAUCCCAAAAUAUUGUUACUUGAUGAAGCCACAUCUGCCCUGGAUACUGAAAGUGAAGGAGUAGUACAGGAGGCCCUGGAAAAGGCAAGUCAUGGCCGAACUACCAUUGUUAUAGCCCAUAGAUUAUCCACAAUCAAAAACGCCGAUAUGAUCGCCGGAUUUAAAGAUGGCCGAAUAAUAGAGAAGGGAACGCACGAUGAACUUAUGGAAAGGAACGGGAUAUAUUAUCAACUUGUCACCCAACAGAGCAUGGUUUCAGAAGAUGAUAUAGAAGCAGAGUUAUAUGACAAACAAAAAGCUGCGCUCAGCACACAGAAGUCACUUAUUGAGUCUCCACUGAAGCGGGUUUUGUCUGUAAAAGGAGAGACAUCUAAAGAUGAAAAGGAGAAAAAAGAAGAAGUGAAUGCAGGAAUGGGACGAAUUCUUCGUCUGAACGCAUCAGAAUGGUAUCUUAUAGCUCUGGGUUUAGUAGGAAGUAUCAUUAAUGGAGGACUCAUGCCUGCGUUUGCUGUUAUUUUUGCUGAAAUUCUUGGGGUAUUUUCAAAGCCCCCAGAUGAGCAAGAAAAGGACAUAAAUAUGUACAGCCUGAUGUUUCUAGGCCUUGGCGUGUUGAGCUUGAUCACUUAUUUCCUACAGGGGUAUAUGUUUGGCCGUUCUGGGGAAUAUCUCACACUUAGAAUCAGAGCAAUGUCUUUCAAAGCCAUGUUGAGACAGGAAAUAGCGUUUUUUGACGACCAUGAAAACAAUGUUGGUGCCUUGACAACUAGACUGUCAACGGAUGCUUCUCAAGUACAAGGGGCGGCUGGUAUACGUCUUGGUUCAACUUUUAUGGCGAUCACGAGUAUUGUUGCAGGGCUGGUUAUUGGGUUUAUCUACAGCUGGAAACUUACGUUACUAAUUAUAGCCUUCUUACCAUUUCUUAUGAUUGGUGGAGCUCUCCAAAUGAAGAUGUUAAAUGGAGCAGCCGGCAAAAAUAAAGAAGCUCUUGAAUCAGCAGGAAAAAUAGCUAUUGAGUCUAUAGAAAAUAUUCGGACAGUUGCCUCCCUUACCAGAGAAGAAAUGUUUAACAAGAUGUUUUCUGACGAACUUGAGACACCGUACAAUGAUGCCCUGAGGAAGGCACAUGUCAUAGGCCUCUCUUUCUCGUUCUCGCAGGGCAUAAUCUUUAUAGCAUAUGCUGCCGCUUUCUGGUUAGGGGCCUACCUGAUUAAACAGGCAGAACUGGACUAUGUAGACGUUUUCAAGGCAUUUUCAGCUGUUGUAUUUGGAGGUAUGGCUAUUGGUCAAGCAAGCUCGUUUGCCCCCGAUGCUGCCAAAGCUCAAAGCUCUGCUGAGGCUAUUUUUAAAUUACUGGAUCGAAAACCGGAAAUGGACACCGAAGAUGAAGGAGGAGAAAAACCUAAAGAAGGACAGUACACUGGGCAAGUGAAAUUUACUAAUAUUAAGUUUAUUUACCCUACAAGACCGGAUACAGUAGUUUUAAACAACUUCGACUUAGAUGUGGCACCUGGUCAAACUGUGGCAUUGGUGGGAAGUUCUGGCUGUGGUAAAAGUACAACUGUACAGCUAACUGAACGAUUUUAUGAUCCGGAAGAAGGGAUUGUGCACAUGGAUAAAUACAAUAUCAAAGAUCUGAACCUUCAAUGGCUAAGAUCACAGAUUGGAAUUGUCUCGCAGGAACCCGUUCUGUUUGACCGAAGUAUUGGCGAAAAUAUUGCGUAUGGUGACAAUACAAGAAAAGUAGAGAUGCAGGAAGUUAUACAAGCGGCAAGAAAUGCAAAUAUUCACGAUUUUAUAUCUUCGUUACCUGAGGGAUAUGACACAAGUGUUGGCGAGAAGGGAGCACAACUCAGCGGAGGACAAAAACAGAGGGUGGCCAUUGCUCGGGCCUUGGUCAGAAAUCCAAAAAUACUUCUCUUAGAUGAGGCAACAUCUGCUCUGGAUACUGAGAGUGAAAAGAUUGUACAAGAGGCAUUAGACAAGGCUAGAGAGGGUAGAACAAGUAUUGUUAUUGCCCAUAGACUUUCUACCAUCCAGAACGCGGACAAAAUCUGCGUCAUACGUCAUGGCGUCGUCACAGAGACGGGAACUCAUAGUGAACUUAUGAAGCAACAAGGAUUCUACUAUAAACUGAACAUGGCCCAGCAGAGAAAGAAAUAAGAGUUUUAGUGCCGUAGAAACAAGUUUUAAUGACCGAUAUGUUAUAUUCACAAGUGAACAAGAAAUUUACGAUGGUCAGUUUAGUUAGGAGCUUUUUACUACACCAAGCAAAAGAGUAUACAUGUAUUAUGCUGCCGUAGACAUGCCGUCAUUUUUAUUUGUUAAACACUUUUUAUUUUUGGUAACUUGUUACUGUUUCCAGAAAAAAUACUUAUUUGUCAUAUAGAUGAACUAUCUUUUGCUGGUUUGGCAAUUAAUAUAAUUAUUGUGAAUAAGAGUUUUGUAUGGAAGUCAAAAUACUACUUUGUUUACAUUUUACUACUUUUAUGACAAACAAUUAACAUUUAGCGCUACUUAAUCAAGUGAUAAGCUUUGAGCAUGCUCUGAACCCAUUAUUUAAACUUUAAAAAAACCAUGAGUGGCUUUCAAAGAAGUAAAAAUUUAUUUCUUUUCAGAGGCAUGAUGUGCCUUUAACCUGACCAAGAUUCUACAUUUCUACAAAAGAUUUUAUUUAUCCAUAAAAACGUCUACUGUCAAAGUCAAUAAUGGCGGACAAAUUCUACUUUUUUAUUUUAGCUAGAAACAAUACGUAAGAAUAUUAGGGCUAUCCCACUUGGCCUAGUGUUUGUGUAUACAUUGUACAAAGUAAUAAUUAUGAUAUAUUUUACCUCUGUCAGUAAAAAAAUAACAGAAAGGUUUAAUUUUCACCACAUAAUCUAUAUACAUAUACCUGAAGAUAUAUCAAAAAAGUGUAAAUUUAUUCUCACAGUUCUCUAACAAGUAAUUCAACUUAACAUCUUUGUUAUAAUUCUUUCCUGUUAGAAAUCUAUCCAGCUAGUACGGAACAUAGUAGAUUCUACUCAGGUGCCCGUUUGUGCCUGAAAUAAUGCACAAAAGGAGCACCUUUUUCUUUGUUGCUGUUAUUUGACUAUCCAGCACUAAGAAUAAAGGAGCAGACUGGCCGCGACAAGACUGUUGACUUAGAAAGGGACAUUGUGAGUGUACCAAAUGUUAAUGGCACAUUGCAUUGACGGCUUAAUGUUAUUUUGUUAAAAGAUGGUGUCACCAUAUGUCAAACACAUAACUCAUUUCAUUUUACAAUUCGCCCUACGACAAUUUCAUUGAUGGCCUAAUAUUAAGUUGCCAAAAGAUGGUGUCACAUUGCAUUGAUGCCACAUUUUUAUGAUGUCAUUAUUUAACAAGAUAUGUUAGUUUCAUAUUUAACCAUUUCUUUGUUGUUAUGUCUAUAUCUUUUUUUUAUUUGUUCAUAUAUAAAUUUGUAUAAUUGUUCCUGUUGAAAUAUUUGUGUCAGAGACAUGUCUUUAUUCUCUUGUUUUGAUAUUUGUAUUUUAAUGUGAUAAAGUUUCAAACCAUAAUUGAUAUUUAAUAGAGAUGCAUUUGUAGCCAAGUGGUUAAAGGAACUCCACUAAGGUCUUUAAGCCUAAAGAUAUAAAAUUUGUUUUUUUACAUAGAUCAGCUAGGGCACUUAAGACAGAACAAUUUGUAAAAGAUAAUUAAGACAUAUACUCAGAAAUAAAGUUCUAUUAGCAACUUUUUUUCAAUUUCUGGUAAUUUUUCACAAUUAGAAUAAACAUUCUGGAAAAACAGAGUGAGUGAAUGAUCUGAAAUUUUAAACAUAAGUUAAUGGUCCAGACCUACAUCAAAUGGAACAUUAGUCUUCUAAAACUAUUACCUGCCUGGUCAUGUUAACUUGUUAAGAAACCUCAGUGGAGUCCCUUUAAGAUCAGGGAAUAUGAUUCGCUGUUGGUUUGAAUCUCACCAAGACCAUUCAGGGCUUUUUUUUUCACAAGUUGAGGAAGCAGCCCAACACUUAAUUUUGGGGGAAAAUUACACGGUAUAUUUGCAAAAGGGGAAGUAAAAACUUGAUGUAAAUUUAAUUUUUGGGGAAAACUGCAACUGAUUUUAAAGAAAUUUUCUUUGGGGAAGCAGUCCUAUACCAGCCCCUGUUAUAGAAGGAAAAAAGGCCCUGCCAUUGUAUUCUUUUAAGUGAGGAAGCUAUCCACAGAGCUUGCUUAUGAAAAGCAAACAGCUCCUUGGCUUUGCAUAAUACAUGUAGUUAUAAUGAACAGAUAAUAGCAGGCUGAAAAAUGAGUCUGACUGGGAAGUAGGCUGAAUGAUAAAUUUGACCUGAGGGAGCAGGCCAAAUAAUGAAUCAUUGGAAGCAGGCCCUUAAUCUAUCUGAUCAAAGACCAGGCCCUUUGAGUUUGAAUGGGAAGCAGGCCAAUGAUGGAUUCUUUAUCGACUGAUAAAGUUUCCUGGAAACUGUAGAAAUUCUCAUACUGAUCAAACAAACAAAAAUGAAUAUCCUGUCAUAUCACUUUUUAUGCUAGUGCAUGGUAGUGUUAUAUACAUGUACUUGAUAUAUUAAUGAUAUUUUUCUUCAAGAUAUUCUAAAUUUUGACAUAUCAUUUUUGCUUAACAAUCAAUGUAUUUUUCUUCUCUUCUCAUUUAUUGUUUAUACUUUCAAGUCUCAGGAAUGGUUAUUUUUCAUAUGUACCCUGUAAACUUGUGUCAUUUACAAUAUUAUGAUAUCUUAUAGAUUGUGUUCUGUUUUUCUGAAGUAUUUGAACUCAUAAUCAUAGGGAACAAGUCAUAUUUUAGUAUGAUUGACCAGUUUGUUUUGAAAACAAUUUUGAAAUUGCCCGAUGAAGCAGUGUCUUUCUUUUUUUCCAUAAUUUGUUGAAAUUUAAGUUGAUUUUAGUGUAGUUAUAUAAAGCCAUACAUCUUAUAAAUUUAAAUAUUUAAGGAUUCAUUUUUAUAUUUUACAAGUCUUAGCUUAUAUUCAGGUGAAAGCUAUUUCUUCAAUCAAAUUUUUAAUAAUUUUACUGAGUUGUGUUGUCUUAAAGCUAUUUAUGCUACAUGCCUUCAGAUUCAUGCUAAUUUUCAUGGAAAGUUAAAAAAUUUAUAAAAAAAAGUAAAAUACUUUCAUGUAAACAAUGAAAGUACUUUACACAUUGCGAAACAACAUUUAAAAUCUGCAAAGAAUUACCAAGAUAGAUCAGGAUAUGUGAAAAUAGGCCUCAUUGCGUUAUGCAGUACAAAUAUGUUGAUCUCAGUCACUAAAUGCAUAUUAAAUCUAAAUUUUAACUUUACUUUUUAUCUAAGUACAUUUUUCUCAAGUUAAAUUUUUUUGAAAUAUUUCGGCUUAUCUAUAGGCAUGCAGCUUUAAGGUUUGUUUUUUUGUUAGACUGUUUUUAUUGUAACAAGUGUUAAUUCAACUGUAUAUUUAUCUCAAAUUCCUUUCUGUUAAAACUCUUUAGUUUUGGUUACCAGUUGCAGUAACUAUUUCGAGGACAAUUUUAGCCUGACUAUUCAAAGAAUAGGGAGAGCUUUUGUUCUCACCCAGGUGUGGGCAUCACACUUUGGUUAAGUUUUUGUGUGCAAGUUGGUAUCUCAAAAACUACUGAAGGGAAUAGGUUGAAACUCCACACACUUAUUUGAGGGCAUAAUAUGGGAUCACUGUCCAAGUCCCAUAAUUCUAACCUGGAUUUUGACAAAAUUAUGGCCCUUUUUGAACUUAGAAAAUUCAACAUUAUCCCGGUGAUAUUUUUACUAUCAAGCACUUUGAAUAGUCAAGCAGGCUGUCCUACCGACAGCUCUUGUUAUGUCUUGGUUCUUACCAUACUACCUGGGUUACUAACUGCUAAUGAUUUAUAUCAUCACGGAUUUAUAUUAUAAAUCUGUGAUAUUACUGACAUUGUUUAUUGUACUAUAUUAUGUCAUGUAAAUUGACUCACAUGUUGGACAAACAUGUGAUUUAUUUCAUAUAUAAAAGAAGUGUUUCAUUCCUCAUUUAGGGAUUAUAAUUUUUAUAACAUUUUAUUACUUAUUAGCAUGAAACUUGGAAUAUUUACUAAUCAUGCCAAGGCGGGCAUGUAAGACAAUGGGCAUAAUUCUGACAGCUAUAUAUUUGGAGUUCUGCCCCUUUUUUGUAAAAAUUUAUUAUUACCAGAUGAGCGUCAACAAGGCAUAGGGCGCUCUUGUUUUAUAUGAACCGGUUCACAUGUAUUUAUGUAAAAAUAAUACUGUCUCAACAUUGCCAUGACGCUGAUACUGUUGCUUUAGUUAGAUUGUUGAACAAAACAUUUCUGUAUAAAUAUGUAAGAUUGAUAGAUCCUUAGACAUAAUAUAUUGUAUUGAUAAUUGAAUGAAUUUGGAUAUAUUAUUUGAAUUCAAAAGAUGAAUAGAUCUUAAUUAGCAAUUGUUUGUUAGCCAUAGAUUUCUGAAACCAUAUUUUACACAUCAUCUUAACCAUCGACUUUAAUUACUCUAAUUGUCAAUUAAAGUCCAUGUCUUAGCCCAGAUAUCUACUUAAUCUAACAAUUAUUGAUGUACAAUUUAGUCAUUCUGUCAUUCCAUUUCCUCCAUGUACAAUGUCACUAAAACCAUGUUAUGAAUGCUGCUUGCAGUAAAAAAGUGAAACUUUAUCUGUUCUUUUAUUCUAGAAAUCCACACUGAUUAUUUUGUUGUUGUUUUUUAUAUAUAUUAUGUAUUUUAGUAUGAUAACAUGACUUAAAAAUGUAAUCAAGUUGUCUUUAUUGACUAAUAAAAGUGCCUAUUGGU